GUACGCGAUCCUUUUCUCAAAAGAAAACUAAUUGACACCCCAAAUUCUGUAACUUGAAGCUCUCGGCUUCCUCAGAAAAAUCCAUUGAAGCUCAAGAACACCCCAAAUUCUCAAGCUAUCAGCUUCGCAGGAAAUUCACUUAACUGCGACAUUAGAAUGGAACUGCAUGGUGAUAGAACAGAUGGGACCAGUCAAAUGGAACCGGUCCAACAGCCACUUAUAUCUGGAAUUCCUGAUGAUAUUGCUCUUUUCUGCAUGGCAAGGGUUCCUCGAAAGUACCAUACAGUCCUAAAGUGUGUUUCAAGAAGAUGGCGGCACUUGGUGGGCAGUGAAGAGUGGCAUUCCUACCGUCGAAAGCAUACACUUGACGAGACUUGGAUCUAUGCUUUGUGCCGAGACAAGUUGGAGCGUGUUUGCUUGUAUGUGUUGGAUCCAAACUCAGCAAGAAGGAGUUGGAAGCUUGUUAAUGAGCUUCCACCUCGCACCUUGAAGAGAAAAGGCAUGGGUUUUGAAGUGCUAGGAAAGAAAAUUUACUUGUUGGGUGGUUGUGGUUGGUGUGAAGAUGCUACAGAUGAGGUCUACUACUAUGAUGCUUCCCUGAACACUUGGAGUGAAGCUGCUCCCUUAUCUACCGCUAGGUGCUAUUUCGCCUGUGAAGUAUUGGAUGAGAAAAUAUAUUCCAUUGGUGGAUUAGGUUCAAAUUCAAGUGAUCCACAUUCUUGGGACAUUUAUGAUCCUAGCACGAAUAGUUGGAUAUUUCAUUCUGACGCAAACAUUGUUCCUGAAAUUGAGGAUUCUGUGGUCAUGGAUGGGAAAAUCUACAUUCGGUGUGGCACUUCUGCUGUAACUUCUCAUGUCUAUGCUGUUGUUUAUGAACCAUCAAGCGGUACAUGGCAGCAUGCAGACGCUGAUAUGGUUUCUGGCUGGCGAGGUCCAGCAGUUGUAAUAGGCGGGACCCUGUAUGUAUUGGAUCAGAGCUCAGGAACUAGGCUGAUGAUGUGGCAGAAGGAGACUAGGGAAUGGAUACCAGUCGGGAGGCUGUCAUCCUUGCUUACCAGACCACCCUGUCAACUCGUAGCUGUUGGGAAGAGUAUUUAUGUUGUUGGAAAGGGGCUUAGCACAGUCAUGUUUGAUGUUGAAAAUGCAGGGAAUAUGGAAGGGGUAAUUGUGAGUUCUUCAAUACCUAGAUUGAAUUCUGAUGAUGAUGUAAUCAGCUGUAAAUGUUUGUCCAUUUGAAAUUCUUAUUUAUGGAGUAUUA